AUGUUACAAAUAAUGGACGAAGCUUUGGAAACUCCAACUAUUGAUGAUGAGGUGGAACAGCGAUUAGAACAUUGGUCAGUCAAAUUUAAUAAUAACUCACAGUUCAUAUUUUAUGUAGCUGAAAUUGAUGAUGGUAAUUUAGUUGGUUGGUGCCGUGGUGGACAAGCAAUUGAACUUCAUAAAAUAGUUGAUCAUGAAACGUAUGAUUGCGAAAUACAUAAUAUAUUUCUUUGUAAACAAUAUCAACAUCGUGGUAUUGGUUAUGAAUUAUGGAAAAUUGUCUGGAAUGAUAUUCUUGUAUCGUUUCAGCCAAAGAAUUUCAUUGUUUGGUCAGUUGAUAAGAAGCAAACACAUCAAUUCUACUUAUCGCUUGGUGGCAUACCGAAAGAAAAAAGAAAAUUUGAUGAAGAAUGUUUUUUAACGGCAUUUGUUUGGAAUGAUCUUAAAUUGUACGAGACUACCAAUUUUCUAAUAUUUAAAUAA